CCUCUGGCACGCGCCGUCAUUAGGGGGCGCGCGCGCUCGUGGCGCCGCGGCUCUGCUGGGAGGCGCCACCCGCUCCCGGCGGCUGGAGCCGCAACUCCGGGAGCGGGAUCAGUCGUCCCCUCCGCCGCUGCCGCUGCUGCCGCCGCCGCCGCCGCCCCUGGGCGCGGGCUCGCUAGUCCUUGUGCUCACUCUCUCCGGCAGCCGGUGUCUCCCGGCCCGGCCGCCACCGCCUUGCAGUGAGUGGGGGCGGGCCGGGGGAUUAGGGGCCCCGGGGCUCGGGAGGGCCCGGCCGGAGGAGAAGCCCGCGAGGAGCGGCAGGGGAAGCACGGUUGAGCAUGUGGAGGCCUAUCUAUAUCUAUACCCAGCUGCUGAGUGUGGAGAAUAAAAACUGACUGCGUGUCGUCUGGUCCACAUUCUAGCUUGUUUGCUUUGAAGAAUUUUCUAGGUGAAGAAAUAGAUGCUUCAGGGUCUGAUUUCAGCCCAUGCUGUGCUAUGCAAAUGUUCUCUACAUGCCUGAGUGACCUUUUGAGAAAGAGCCUUUGUGAUCUUCUGUAGCCAGGGCCUGUUCUGGGAAUAGUGUGCCAGAUUCCUCUGAAAUGGGAAAAGUGAAUCUGUUUAAAGAUCACGUAAAAAAGCCAAUGCUUUUCCUGGGUAAAUACUGUUACACGCGCUGUCAUGUCUUUUCUUCUCCCCAAGUUUCCCUGGAACCUGGGCUCCCCAGACGCUGUGCUGGAGCAGAUGGAUAAUGGAGACUGGGGCUAUAUGAUGACUGACCCAGUCACGUUAAAUGUAGGUGGACACUUGUACACAACGUCCCUCACCACAUUGACGCGAUACCCAGAUUCCAUGCUUGGAGCUAUGUUUGGGGGGGACUUCCCCACAGCUCGAGACCCUCAAGGCAAUUACUUCAUUGAUCGAGAUGGACCUCUUUUCAGAUAUGUCCUCAACUUCUUAAGAACUUCAGAGUUGACCUUACCCCUGGAUUUUAAGGAAUUUGAUCUGCUUCGUAAGGAAGCAGAUUUUUAUCAAAUCGAGCCCUUGAUUCAGUGUCUCAAUGACCCUAAGCCUUUGUAUCCUAUGGAUACUUUUGAAGAAGUCGUGGAGCUAUCUAGUACUCGGAAGCUUUCUAAGUACUCCAAUCCAGUAGCUGUCAUCAUAACCCAAUUAACCAUCACCACCAAGGUCCAUUCGUUACUAGAAGGUAUCUCAAACUAUUUUACCAAGUGGAAUAAGCACAUGAUGGACACCAGAGACUGUCAGGUUUCCUUCACUUUUGGACCCUGUGAUUACCACCAGGAAGUUUCUCUGCGUGUCCACCUGAUGGAAUAUAUCACAAAACAAGGCUUCACGAUCCGCAACACCCGGGUGCAUCACAUGAGCGAGCGGGCCAAUGAGAACACAGUGGAGCACAACUGGACUUUCUGUAGGUUGGCCCGGAAGACAGAUGAUUGAUCUCUAACCCUGGGGAAAGUUUCUGGAAACUGACUCUCCAGUAGAUGGAAAAGACUGAUUAAUUUUUUUUUAAUCACAGUGUGGGAUUUAAGGAAAAAAUUUUUUGUAUUUAUUUGCAGGCAUUGAAGACCAGAAGAAAGUUUUGUGCUUUAGCAGAAUUCUCUAUGUUUUGUUCACUUUGCCCUGAGUAUGCAUGUGCCUGUUCAGAGCCUCCAGAUACCUUUUUUAUAAAAAGAAGUCUGAAAUUAUUAUGGUAUAUAAUCUACCCUUAACAGAGCUUUUUUUCCCUUAUUAUUACAGUGCUAAAAUGAUUUUUGAUUAAAUAGUCCCUAGCUCAACUCGAAGACUAAAACAUGCAGGAAUGAAAGAAUAAACAGAGUACUCAUGAUGCUUUUGACAAAAAUCAAAACAUCAUGCAGGAUGACCUAGUUUCCAGACCAAUAAGCUGUAUCGUAAUAUUAAAGGAAAACUGUUCUAAUCAUUUAAAAGUACUUGUUAAGUACUGCUUUUUACAGUUAUGACAACUGUUUCUUUCUAUGCAUAUGAAUCAAGCAACCAAAUAUCUGUAGCCAUGGAAAUGUCUGACUAGAAAUAUUUAUAUUGGAUUCUGAAUACAAAAUGUCCCUGUGGUAGACAUCUUAACUUCUUGUGCCUGGUGCAGUAUUAAUUCCCAAGUAUACUGUCUACCAGGAAAAAAAAAAGAACUAAUAAAAAGUGAAAUAGAAAAAUUGA